AUGUCGAGUCCUCUUGCAGAUUCCCCGUCCGAGUAUGCGUCGCCUGCAGAUCCUCCCACUUCAGCAGAUGAACCGUCAAGGGUGGCCCUUGUUUGGACGGACUUUGGCGAGAAUGCUGGAGCCGCCGACUGGUAUGCGACGUCCUUUAUCCCUAAUAACGCAGUGCGUUUGGGUACACAAGCCCGUCUUGCCGAAACUUUGGAGGAGAACAUUUUCAAAGAAAUACCAGAAAUCGAGGGAAAAUACAUGGCGACUUACGAUAUUCCGGCUACUAUCUCUGCAGAAGAGUUGGAUGGAAUAAUCUGCCCUGCUCCUUAUGAACUUCCCUCGGCAGCCCGCUUGGACACACGGUGCUACAAAGAGUACGCUACUUGGUACGGGGGAGCAUGGCGGGAGGAGGUUCGAGAUACCAGGCUCUGGGUCGUGAUCUUGUGGCAGCCACACGAUGCCUACCAUGAUGAAUUUGUCGACUUUUUCCGUGAAGACUUUGCGCCUGGAAUGCUGGAAAGCGCAGACCUACUUCGCAUACAAAUUUUCAAGCUCGAGUAUGCAUCGAGAUGGGAAAAUCAGAAACAUCAACGGAUGGAUAUCGGUCAAAUGUAUCAGUACAUCACAAUAUGGGAGUUUAGUUCGAAUGAGUUGCCUUGGGAGAUUCUGGUGUACCUUGGUGCAUCAGAGGAGUGGAGAUACCAUGUCGAAGGUCAGCAUUUGGUGAGUCUGCGUGAGUAUGCCGUUGCACAGCCUCCGAGAUUGACAUGA